UUUACUCAAAAUAAUGCAGGAAGAUAAGAAGUAAAUAAUAAAAAUUAGAUAAAUUACAAAAAUUUAAAAAUAAAUAUAAAUAUUAAACUUUAUCAAAAAUCAAAAAUUUUUGAAUAAAAAACUCAAAUCAAAUCAAAUUAAAUUAAAUAUUAAUUAUUUGUGAUUUUCAAUCAUAAAAUUAUUAAAAAAAAGAUACAUUAUUUUUAUUAUUCACAUAAAUUUCAAAUAAAGUAGCAAAAAUUUACUAAAAUGGCUUCAAAGAUCUAAAGUGAUAUUGAAAUAACUAAAGAUGACUAAAACUAAAUUAACUAAUUUAGUCGUAUAAACAUGCACUGGAAUGAAAAAAAUAGAACCAUGCAAAAGAAAAACGAAAUUUUAAACUAACUUGAUGAUGCUGCUACUGAAUUAGAGUUAUGCGAUGAUGAAGAAACAGUAUAAGUAAAGUAUGGUGAUUGCUUCUUCCAUGUUAAGGUAGAAUAGGCAAAAUAAUAUGUUGAAGAAUAAUAAACUUAAACAAAGAAAGAAACAAACGAAAUAUCUAAGGUUAUGGAUGAAUAAGAAAAGAAAAUGAAAAAACUCAAGGCAGUUUUGUACACUAAAUUUGGUAAUUAGAUCAACCUUGAAGAAGAUUGA